AUGGCGGUUAGUCAGUCUGUCGUUGGUCGUGCCAACGCGGAGAAGGCCCAUGGUGUUAUGGGUAUGCUGCAGAACCCUUAUGUCUUCGCGACUUGUCUGUUCGCUUCCCUGGGUUGUAUCAUGUACGGUUAUGAUCAGGGUGUAAUGGGUCCUAUUCUUGUCAUGGAGAACUUCAAGAACCACUUCCCCUACUUCGAUGGAUCGACUGUUCAGGGUUGGCUGGUGGCUGCUUUGGAGCUCGGUGCCUGGGCUGGUGCUCUGAUCAACGGUGUCCUCGCUGACCGUAUCUCCCGAAAGUACGCCAUGAUGGUUGCUGUCGUCAUCUUCACUCUCGGUACCGGUCUGCAGGCUGGUGCCCAGAAUCCCGGCUACUUCUUUGCCGGUCGAAUCAUCGGUGGUGUGGGCAUUGGUAUGUUCAGUAUGGUUAUUCCGCUUUACCAGGCUGAGAUUGCUCCUCCCGAGCUGCGUGGUUCCCUUGUCUCUCUCCAGCAGCUGUCCAUCACUAUCGGUACUACCAUUGCCUUCUGGCUCGACUACGGCAUGCAGUAUGUCGGUGGCACCACUUGCAACCCCGAAGGCAUUGCCAACCCUUACCUUCCCGAUGGAAGCUACAACUCCGCCCAGAACCAUGGCCACACCUGUCUCGGCCAGAAGACUAUCGCAUGGCGUCUUCCCCUGGCUCUGCAGAUCAUCCCUGCUUGGAUCCUUUUCUUCGGCAUGUUCUACUUCCCCUUCUCUCCUCGUUGGUUGAUGAUGAAGCACCGCGAGGAGGAAGCCCGUGCCUCGCUCUCCAAGCUCCGCCGUCUCGCACCCCACGAUCCCCUGCUGCAGGCUGAGUUCCUUGAGAUCAAGGCCGCUGUCAUGUUCGACGAGGAGACUGAGCGUGAGCUCGUCGGUUCUGGUGGUGCUCUUGCCCCAUGGAAGGCUCUGUUCGCCCCCAACAUGUUCAAGCGUCUGGUGCUCGGUUGCGGAACCAUGAUUUGCCAGCAGUUCACCGGUAUCAACGCCGUCCUGUACUAUGCUCCUCAGAUUUUCGGCAGUUUCGGUUUCUCGUCCACCAAGACCACUCUUUUGGCUACUGGUGUGACUGGUAUUCUGCAGAUUAUCUUCACCCUCCCUUCUGUUGCAUUCCUGGAUAAGUUCGGUCGUAAGACCUUCCUGAUCGUUGGUGCGAUUGGCAUGUUCAUGUGCCACGUCGUUGUUGCCACUGUUGAAGGUAUCUUUAAGCCCAAAUGGGACCUGAACGAGGGUCUUGCUGUGUCUCAAGGCUGGGUCGCCAUUGCUUUCAUCUGGCUGUUUGCCGUUAACUUUGCCUACUCUUGGGGUCCCGUCGCAUGGGUGCUGACCCAGGAGAUCUUCCCCAACAGCCAGCGUUCUCGCGGUGUCGCCAUCGUCGCCUCCACCAACUGGAUGUUCAACUUCGUCAUCGGUCUGACCACAAAGGAUAUGCUGAACUCCAUGAAGUACGGAACCUACAUAUUCUUCGCUAUCUUCAGUGGUCUUGGUGGUUUGUUCAUCUGGCAAUUCGCCCCUGAGACCAAGGACAAGACUCUGGAGGAGUUGGAUAUCUACUUUGGCGGUGCGAAGGAUAGCAUUGCCGAGGUGGAUCGCCAGCGUAUGGAGCGCAUCUACGAGACCCUUGGUCUGGCUGGUGUGGAGACCAUUGAGGACCUCAAGGGCGAGAAGCACGUUGCUUCGGAGCAGGUUGAGGAGCACCACGCUUGA